UUGUUCAUAUCAGGGCCUCAAGAUGGAUGUCAUUUAACUAAAUAUACAGCUGACGGGUCAUGAUGGAGGGUUUAUGGGAUAUAAAUCACCAGCAGUAGGCUUAAAGGGACACCAGCGCUAACGUAAAUGUUGGUGUGUUAGGAAAGCACACUUGGUAACAUUCAUUGUUGUUAAUGUAGACAUUUCCGCAACCUGAAUUUCAGACAUGAUUUGUAGUUCUCAUUAAGGCUAUGAUUUAUGCUUGUAAAAAAUUUACAAGCCAGCCUUCUCUUCUUGAGGACUAUUUACAGAAGCUCAUUUUUUGAACAAUGCCAAGCAACCUAAUAAAACUGAGCUCCUCAGAAAUGGAACCUGACUUCCACAGCCGCACGUUUAGUGACUCUGAAAGAAGCGGAAGUUUCAAUAGUCAGGGAAGUCGGCAUUCCAGAUCUCGAAGUUCUAACUUGGAUGAUGAGAACCUCAAAUAUUUAACCAGUGAAGAGAAGAAUGCCCUCCUGUUUUUUGAGGAAACCUUGGAUGCCUUUGAGGAUGAUAUAGAAGAGCCACCAGGUUCCCAGGAUAAUCAUUUUGGAUACUAUUCAAUAUCAACAGAAGGAAGUCACUCAGAAAAUGAGGAUAUCAUAGACCUAGUCCAGGCUGAAGAGAAUCUAGAACUGCACACUCUGCCAAAUUCACAAAGUAUAGAGGAAGCUAAGGAUGUAAAACAGACACAAAUGAACACAAGUGUUCCAAUGGCUCUAAUCCAUACAGCUUCACCUGUAACUAUCCCACCAAUGGCCUCUCCAAAGGGAAUAUCUGAAUUUCCUGAAUUCCCCAUAGAGCACAAAAAACUUCUUGGUGCAAUCCCAACUCCUGUUGUAAUAGCUAAAAAGAUUUCAGAGAAGAAUUCAGACAAUUUAAGUGCCUCGCCUUUACCACCAAGUGAGGGGAAACCAACUGAAUUAAAAAGGAGUGUUGCAACAUCACCUAUUGGUGAAGGACAUUUCAUGUUUACUGGCCCACCCAACUCUAAACAUAAUAAUUUCCCAAACAACAUAAGUAUCAAACAAGUUGGAAAACAGUAUAAUAAAACCAUUGCCAAGGCAGCUGUCAAUGUACAAGAGCGAAAGGCUAAAGUAUUGGCCAACAUUAGUGGACCAUCUUCUUUUGAUGAUGAAACAGAUCGAGUCAAUUAUGAUCGGCUAAGCAGGAAGACCUCAUUUCGGGACGUGACUACGGAACAAGCUAGAUAUGAAGCACUGACCAAAUUAGGCCUAGUUAAAGAAACAACAGUGCAGGCUGGUAUACCUACUUCUCCAGUCUCAAAUGGUCCCAUCUCUCCUAAAUUCUUACUACAAGACUCUCACAAGAGAUAUUCACAUGAAUCACCGUAUAUUAGCAAUAGCAUCAAGAAUGAGCCUAUUCCCUUUGCACAUAGUAAAAUCUUACCACAUGAUUCUCCCAAUAGAUAUCUUAAUGAAAAUCAAAAUAUCAGUAGUGUAAAGAGUGAACCUAGUCCCCUUGAAACUUCCAAAAGCUUACAACAUGAGUAUACAAGAUUAUCCAUUGAAAAACAAAAUACCAGCAAUAUGUUAAAAACUGAGCCUAGUCUCGCUACAUCACCCAAGAGCUUACCAUAUGAAUAUUCAAGGAGUGAGAAUCAAAAUGUCUUCAGUAGUAUAAAAAGUGGGCCUAUAUCUCCCAGGAAUGUAGCUCAUGACAUUCCCAGAACCUAUUCAAGUGAAAACCAAAAUAUUAGUAGCUUUAAAAGUGGGCCUACAUCUCCCAGGAAUGUAGCCCAUGACAUGCACAGAACCUAUUUAAAUGAAGCCCAAAAUAGCAGUAGCAUUAAAAGUGGGCCUGUAACUCCCAGGAAUGUAGCCCAUGACAUUCCCAGAACAUAUUCAAAUGAAAACCAAAAUAGCAGUAGCUAUAAAAGUGGCCCUACGUCUCCCAGGAAUGUAGCCCAUGACAUGCACAGAACCUAUUUAAAUGAAGCCCAAAAUAACAGUAGCUUAAAAAGUGAGUCUAAUCCCUAUAUAACUACCAAGAGUUUACCGCAAGAAGCUCCCAGAAGAUAUUCAAAUGACAAUCAAAAUAGCAGUAGCAUAAAAAGUGAGCCUAAUACCUAUGUACCUCAAAAGAGUUUACCACAUGAAGCUCCCAGAAGAUUUUCAAAUGAAAAUCAAAAUAUCAUAAAUAGUGGAAGAAAAGAUUCUAGUUACUCUAUACCCCCAAAGAGUUUCCCUCCAGAAUCUAACAGUAUCAGUUAUAUUUUAAAGAGUGAGCCAAGUCCCUUUGUACCCAUAGGGAAAACUGUUAUUUUUAAAGGUGAAGCAUUAUCUCCUGAAAAGAACAUCCAACCUAUUGCUCCCCAGGACAAUAAUGAGAAGAAAAAUUCAAUUCUUCAUCAGGACAUUCGAAGAUCUUACUCUACGCCAAGACCUACAGGGUUCCGGCCUCAGGGUAUUACAGUGCAGUUCUCAGGGCGUGAUGCAUCUGAGGAAACACGAAAGGAUGCUCUACGUAAACUUGGACUCUUGAAAGAGAAGUCAUUCUGAAACUGUGAUUCUGAUUUUCAACAUGGCAGGAUUUAGCAGGCACUGUCCAGAAAAUCAGUGGCUUUGGUUUGAGUGUCUGGUAGAAUUUAUAUAUUAUUAUGUUUCACUUCUUCUCAUUGUUUUUACUGAAAUGUAAGGGACAGUGUAGAAUGUGUAGAACAGAAAUAUGUCUACUCUUCAAUUCCAAAGAUGAGUUUCAGAAUCAAAGGCAUUGACUGUAAAUUUAGCACAGUAUCGGGUCAUAAGGCCACAACUAUAUUUUUGUAUUUGUCUGUUUUUUCUUAAUGAAUACAAAAAUAUGACAUAUGUUUGCAAGAUGCACUGCAUCAAAUAUAAAUGUGUAUAUUGGGGGCUUUCCAUCUCCCUUACAUCUAAAUCAAAGCGUAAAUCAAUACAAUAUCAAUACAAAUCAAUACAAUUUUACAGAGGGUGCCAUUAGAAGGGGCAACUAUAUGUAUUUCAAAGAAUAAUGCUGUGAUUAUAAAAUGUUUAUACAAUGUUUAUGUAUGUUUAUUUGUAGCCAACUUGUACAUAAAAUAUUUUUAUGCAUAUUUUUCUUUUUGUAAGGACAAUGUAACCCAUGAGACCCUUUCCAACAACUGCAGAUUUCUAUUUGCACUGCACUUAUAUUGGUGUUGAUUAAGAUUUAAAAUAUUCAUAAAAAAAUCUGAGAUGUUAUUUGUGUUGGGUAAUACUGCCCAGAAAUGCACAGGUUUGUUCUUGCUGUCAGGCUGCACUUUUAAGAGUAUGUCGGUUUAAAGGAAAGCGUCUUGGGUUUCAUGUUUUGAUGAUUGAGAUGCUACUGAUACAUGACAAUGCAGAUACUGGAAUGUUUUGCUAUGCUACUGACUACAGUACAUUUAAGCAACUGCUACAGGGCUGUUCUGUAAGAUUUGCCAUUAAUAUUACAAAGCCAACUAUGAGAUGACAGAUUCCUGUCAGUUUCUAGGGCUUGGCAACAUAAAGGGUAAGCAGUGUUUGCCAAUAUAGACUAAAAAACGCAAGCAUGCUGACAUAAAACCAUAGAUUUCUUUACCAAAUGAUGUUUUGUUUUGCACUGCAAUCAUAUUUAAUACAUAAUGCAUCAAACCUAAUAGUCACUCAGUCUACCUCUGAUUUUCAGUAAAACUGUUUUAUAAUAUAAUAUACAAAUCUGACCUGUGUGAUAUUUAAGGAAAAUCAACUUACCUAGAGCUGAAUGUCCUUUUAAAGAAGAUUUAGCAAAGAGCAAGUUUCUUCACAAACUAAGAGCCAAACACAGACUGCGAUACUUGCACUACUUUACAGUGACAAAACCAGAAGUUCAGAGUCAACAGUAGUUAGCCAAUGCUCAGUCUACCUCAAAUCCACCUUUCUUUGCUUAAAAUUGUCAUUCAUUUGGAAAUCUUUUUAUUAGGAUUAAGAUAUAAAUACUGCUUGAUGCAAAUUAAAUGGACUCUAAUUUAUCAGUAUAUUCUUCUAUAGUGGGCUACUAGUCGAUCUGAGAACCUUAGGUAUAAAACCCUUGUAUUCAACAUGUAUGCAAUUUUCCAAUUACUGUACUGCAGAAAUUUUUCUAGAAACACUGAGAUGCUGGAAAGCUUACCCUUUCCCUUUGGGUACAUUUUCUAUAUGCACCAUUUGUCUGGGUGCCUUGAACCAUAACAGUGUGUGAAAAUUGAUAAACAUAUAAUCCUUAAAAUUAUAAUUUUUGAGAGCUGUGUGACCAUCAACCAGGGACAAAGACCUGUUAUUUUGGGGUUGGCUUUUUUUUUUUUUUUUUUAGUAUCUACAGUAUAUACAUUUGUUCAUAAGUAAUCUUAUAACUUCUCAGCAAAUAAACUGGCCUUCAGGCUGGGUCCCUAUCUAACCGAACUGCCAUUCCACAGUCUUAUAACUUAGGAUGUUAUUAAUUUUACACGUCUAAAACAGAAUAAUGGGUAUGGGGGCAGAACCUAAUUCUUAACAUAAUAUUCGAAAUGAGGGAUCUCCCGGGAAACCAACCCCAAGAAUUAAACUGAAAUGUCCAAGAUGAUUACAAUUUGUAUUUGUGAUGUCAUUGUUUAUGUCAUACUGUCUGUUACAAUAACUAUUUAUGUUCAUAUUAAUAAAUACCAUGUAUCAUAUCAUGUUCCGUGUUUAACUGCUGUUGCAUUUAAUAAACCAUGUUAAAUAAUGACAA